GUACAACCCUCCACUUCCACCACCACCACAGAAAGAAGUCCACCAACCGAACUCCCUCAUUCAACAAUGGCAGCCUCCACCAUGGCUCUCUCCUCCCCAUCCCUCGCCGGAAAGGCGGUGAAACUCUCCCCCUCCACUCCGGAGCUCGGUGUUGGACGUGUCACCAUGAGGAAAACAGCCCCCAAGAAGGCUCCCUCCGGCAGCCCAUGGUACGGCCCCGACCGUGUCAAGUACUUGGGCCCAUUCUCUGGUGAGGCUCCAUCCUACCUUACUGGAGAAUUCCCUGGUGACUACGGCUGGGACACUGCUGGGCUUUCAGCUGACCCGGAGACCUUUGCCAAGAACCGUGAGCUUGAGGUCAUUCACUCCAGAUGGGCCAUGCUUGGAGCCCUCGGGUGCGUCUUCCCCGAGCUCUUGGCUCGCAACGGGGUCAAGUUCGGCGAGGCCGUGUGGUUCAAGGCCGGAGCCCAGAUCUUCAGCGAAGGUGGGCUUGACUACUUGGGCAACCCGAGCUUGAUCCAUGCACAAAGCAUUCUGGCCAUCUGGGCUACACAGGUUAUCCUUAUGGGUGCUGUUGAGGGUUACCGUAUUGCUGGUGGGCCGCUCGGUGAGGUGGAAGACCCGAUUUACCCAGGUGGAAGCUUUGACCCAUUGGGCCUUGCUGAUGACCCCGAGGCUUUCGCUGAGCUUAAGGUGAAGGAGCUCAAGAAUGGAAGAUUGGCUAUGUUCUCUAUGUUUGGGUUCUUUGUUCAGGCCAUUGUGACCGGAAAGGGACCGUUGGAGAACCUGGCCGACCACCUUGCCGACCCAGUGAACAACAAUGCUUGGGCUUAUGCCACCAACUUUGUCCCCGGAAAGUGAGCUCGCGAUCGGAAACAAUUAUGUGAAUUUUCCUCUUCGGAUUUGAUGUAUAUUAUUUGCGUGCGUAAUGGAAAGUGUGAUAUGGAUUUUGUGUUGUGAUA